UCCCCCUCCAGCUGAACCCGCCGCCCCUCUAGGCCUCCACAGCCGCCGGCCACCACGCCGCCUCCGCCAGUACGCUGUCGCCGAGCUCACCGGCUCCGGUGCCUAUCCUCUGCUUCAGGUGAUUCGAAGGCGGUGCCCACGGCGUACCUCCAGUUGGGGCGGAGAGCAGCUUGGCGGCAGCGGAGGGACAGCCGUGGCCGGCGGCGUACCUAGGCGGGGAGGACGGAUCGACGUUCUACUCCCAAAUGUAGCCGUCUUGCGCAAUGCUUUGUCCGCGGCGAGGAAUUCGCGCGUACGCCGCCACUGCCCUUCUUACCGGUCGCAAUCUCAUUGCCAUCAUCCUUCCACCACGCCGGCGGCUGCCUUGCGCUCGCGCCAUGCUCCUGCCGCGAGUUCAUCUCCGUCUCGCCUCCACCGCCGCCGUCCGCCUCCAUCCACCUCCGUCCGGCGCCUUCUCUCACGAUGUCAAGGACAAGAAAGAAUGGCAGCUGGAGCUGGAGCAGCACAUCGCCCGCGGGCAGCUUGCCUUUGCCCGCCAGGUGUUAGAUAGAAUCCCCGCGCCGGAUGCGCGAGCCUACAACGCGCUCAUCCGCGCCUACUCCUGGCGCGGCCCCUUCCACGCCGCCAUCGACCUCUACCGCUCUAUGCUCCGCCGCGUGGCCCCCAACAAGUACACCUUCCCAUUCGUCCUCAAGGCCUGCUCGGCGCUCGCCGACCUCCGCUCUGGCCGCGCCGUCCACGCCCAUGCCGCUGCUGCCGGCCUUCACACCGAUCUGUUUGUAUCCACCGCCCUCAUCGACCUGUACAUCAGGUGCGCUCGCUUUGGCCCCGCAGCCAACGUCUUUGCCAAAAUGCCCACGAGGGACGUCGUGGCAUGGAACGCCAUGCUCGCGGGCUAUGCACAACACGGCAUGUAUCAACACGCCAUUGCCCACCUCCUCGACAUGCAGGCUUAUGACCGCCUCAGGCCCAAUGCCUCCACCCUCGUCUCCCUUCUUCCACUUCUUGCACAGCAUGAGGCGCUCUCCCGAGGAACAAGUGUCCAUGCCUACUGCCUUCGUGCCUGUCUCGACCAAAAGGAGGAACAAGUGCUUGUCGGCACUGCGCUGUUGGAUAUGUAUGCAAAAUGCAAACGCUUGGUUUAUGCUUGCAGGGUGUUUCAUGGUAUGCCAGUCAGGAAUGAGGUCACUUGGAGUGCGCUUAUUGGAGGCUUUGUGAUGUGCGACAGAAUGGUGCAAGCUUUCAGUCUGUUCAAGGACAUGCUGUCUCAAGGACUGUGCUUUCUCUCUCCGACCUCUGUUGCAAGUGCCCUUAGGGUCUGCGCCAGCCUUGCAGACGUUUGUAUGGGUACACAGCUGCAUGCUUUGCUUGUUAAAUCUGGUAUCCACGCUGAUCUCACUGCAGGGAAUUCACUUCUUUCAAUGUAUGCCAAGGCUGGCUUGAUCGAUGAAACAAUGUCACUCUUUGAUGAAAUGUCCAUCAAGGACACAGUCUCUUAUAGUGCACUUUUGUCAGGGUAUGUGCAGAAUGGUAAGGCAGAGGAAGCAUUUCUUGUCUUCAAGAAGAUGCAAGCCUGCAAUGUGGAACCAGAUGUCGCGACAAUGGUAUCUCUGAUCCCAGCCUGUUCACACCUGGCCGCUUUGCAGCAUGGGAGGUGCAGUCAUUGCUCUGUCAUAAUCCGUGGGCUUGCAUCAGAGACAUCUAUAUGUAAUGCUUUGAUAGAUAUGUAUGCAAAAUGUGGAAGAAUUGAUCUCUCCAGGCAGGUUUUUGAUAAGAUGGCAGCUCGGGAUAUAGUAUCGUGGAAUACAAUGAUUGCUGGAUAUGGAAUUCAUGGACUCGGGAAGGAAGCCACUACAUUGUUCUUAGGCAUGAAGAAUCAAGGUUUUGCACCAGAUGAUGUCACAUUCAUCUGUCUAAUAUCUGCGUGCAGUCAUUCUGGACUUGUGACUGAAGGGAAGCACUGGUUUAAUAUGAUGACACAAAAGUAUGGUAUACUUCCAAGGAUGGAACACUAUAUCUGUAUGGUUGAUCUUUUGGCAAGAGGUGGUUUCCUUGAUGAAGCCUAUCAGUUUAUCCAGAGUAUGCCUCUGAAAGCCGAUGUCCGUGUAUGGGGAGCCUUGCUUGGAGCUUGCCGGAUUCACAAGAACAUUGAUUUAGGAAAGCAAGUCUCAAGGAUGAUCCAGAAACUAGGACCUGAGGGGACUGGCAACUUUGUUCUGCUGUCUAACAUAUUCAGUGCUGCCGGGAGAUUCAAUGAGGCAGCAGAAGUUCGAGUAAUACAGAAGGUCAAGGGAUUUAAGAAGAGUCCUGGUUGUAGUUGGAUUGAGAUAAACGGCUCCUUGCAUGCAUUUGUUGGUGGAGACCAAUCUCAUCCACGUUCACCUGACAUAUAUCAAGAACUUGAUAAUAUCCUGAUAGACAUUAAGAAACUGGGUUACCAAGCUGACACCAGUUUUGUUUUGCAAGAUCUGGAGGAAGAGGAAAAGGAAAAGGCACUCCUUUGUCAUAGCGAAAAGCUAGCAAUAGCUUUUGGUAUCCUCAGUCUUGGUGAGGAUAAGACCAUUUUUGUUACAAAGAAUCUCCGUGUUUGUGGAGACUGCCAUACUGCCAUAAAAUACAUGACCUUAGUUAGGAACAGGUCUAUCAUUGUCAGAGAUGCUAACAGAUUUCAUCAUUUCAAGAAUGGGCAAUGCAGCUGUGGAGAUUUCUGGUGACAGCGCCACCACCAAACAGAAGACCAUUUCAUAAAUUAUUGGUCUCUCAGGACAUCAUGUGACAGAACUCAUAUCCUAACAUCCAUAUUAGCUCAGAUGUUCCUCAUGAAAAGCCAUGUACAUCUCUUGCCUCACAAUGUGAAGCUGAGGAAGCAGACAAGAUCCAAUACAAGGAAUUUGAAAGGAGGAGAUCAAAGCAAAGCAAAUGCCAAAGUAAGUCAGGGUUUAAGGAAAACUUUUUGGCACAUGGCGAACAGGACAUGAACCACACAGCUCAUGGUUUGUAGAUUAUAAUUUAUAACAUAAUGUACAUAAACCAAGAUUGGUAAUCAGAUUUAUGAAGGCAUUCUUUAUUCU